CCUUCAGGUCCCUCCAGCCGCCUCCUUCAGCAGGAGCGGGGGAUCAUAGGCAGAGGAGAAGUGACGGGAGAGCAGCAUCAGCCAGCAUCUCCCUCACUGCGGGACGCAGGGAGACAGGAAAGAGAGGUGGAGGGAUUAAGUUAGUUGGAGAGACCAGGGAGAGAGAGUUGGAGCUGUUUGGGUGGCAGCUGGGAGACCAGGAGCUUCUUUUCCUCCUUCCUCUUUCUGGCUGUGAGCUCUCUCUGGCUCCCCUUUUCUUCCUCCUCCUCUUCGUCUCCUCCGCUCCUUCUUCUCACCCCGACUCUCCUCCCAGCUCCCACCGUGGGGUCUCAGCUCUCCAUCUCCCUCCCCCCCUCCCUGACUCCCUACCUCCCCCGGGCGCUGCUUGGAGACUCCGGGCUGCUGCGCCGCCGGAGGAUGUCUCGGAGGGAGUCUCCGCCGCCGCCUCCGCCGCCUCCACAGCUGCUGGGGGGUCAGGGGGGCAACUGCGAGGACCGUCCGGAGCGCACGGAGCCGCUGUCCGACUCGGAGCGGGAGAUCAUCCAGGACACGUGGGGGCACGUCUACAAAAACUGUGAGGAUGUGGGGGUUUCUGUGCUCAUCCGGUUUUUUGUCAACUUCCCGUCUGCAAAGCAGUAUUUCAGCCAGUUCCAAGACAUGGAGGACCCUGAGGAGAUGGAGCAGAGCAGCCAACUGCGGCAGCAUGCCUGCAGGGUGAUGAACGCGAUCAACACUGUGGUGGAGAACCUCAACGACCCAGAGAAGGUUUCCUCGGUGCUGGCCCUGGUGGGAAAGGCCCACGCCAUCAAACACAAAGUGGAACCCAUAUAUUUUAAGAUCCUGAGCGGAGUGAUCCUAGAGGUGCUGUCUGAAGACUUCCCAGACUUCUUCACAGCAGAGGUGCAGUUGGUGUGGACCAAACUGAUGGGGGCGCUGUACUGGCAUGUGACGGGGGCCUACACUGACGUGGGCUGGCUCCAGGUCUCCAGCUCAGCAGUGUGAGAAAUCAGGAAGAUCAUAGAAGUUUUUGUUGGAGAAAUAAACAGCUGCAUGUGUGAAAGAUUGGGAGUUUGGUUUCACAGAUAUGGAUCAGAUUAACGCAGUAAUCCAUGCAACAUUCUUCCACACUUUGGUUGCGUUUUGGUGCUGAGCUUUUGUUGCUACGCUGCAGAGGUCAGCAAAAUACCAAGCGAUAUAACUAGACAUCACCUUAGCUCAUGUAAGUGGUGUUUUAGUACAUGCGUCUUAGCGGGGGGAAAAAGGAUGUUUUUUAGUACUUAUCAUCCAGUUCUUCUACAGGUAACUCCUGUUGCUCCAGAUCAUAGAAACCAUGACUCUGUGUGUAGCAUGAGUGCUUUCUUAUUAACGAACUGCCACGUGUUUAGGCACGCAACUCUGAAAGCUUUCCGAUUUCACUUAUUUCUGUGGUGGUCAGUCUUAGCUGUAUCUCAAGGUCUGUUAAGCUUUAGAUGAGAACACAUGUAGUUAAACAUGAAAACAGAUGUACAAAUCUUGUCUUUUCAAAUAAUAUUUUAUUUUCUGGAAGACUUGUCUUCUCAAAGAAGGCUAUAAUUAAAUGGCAAGAGUAUCUGAUAACAUUUUGGCAUUGUGAGAUGAAUAAUUUUAUAUGUUACAAUUCAAUCCUGUUUUUUGAUGACAUGUAACCUACAAAACUUUAAGUCUUGUUCUUUCUUUUUGGUAGCAACACAACAGGGUAGGGAUGAAGUGGAGUAGAUUUAAUCAAUGUUCUAUUAACGCACACAUCAAGGUAAAUCCACGCAUUUUCUGUACUAAUCUAGGCAACAAUUGGAGUUUUCUCUCUGAAUUUACCGUCUUAUCUAAUAUACAAUGUAAAACAUGUAGCAGCUGUAAAGAGAGGCUUCCCAUGCACACAGUUUUGCUGCAUGCAACAAAAGUUUUUUUCCCACCAACUUAAUAGCAUCUACUGUAUAUUCAGUCCAACAAGAGUUGGUGUCUUUUUAAAACAGAUAUGUUUCUCCUCAGAUUUUGCAAAACAAAAACUGUCAGUAUAGCCUGUUGGAUUCCAAUCAGAAACGCUGUAACUCACUAACGAUCCACCAGCAGGUGGCAAUGACACAAACUACAUAAAAAUUUAAAGAGAAAACAUACUAAGCAUGGCUAAAGCAUUGCUAGGCAAAAAACAUCACUUGCGUUUCUUUGAAACAAUAUUUUUACAUUUAAAAUUUAAUGGAAAAAAUGUUGAAAUAACCAAUUUUUAAAAAAUGGCUUCACUAUUGUGAAUCAUAGCGCAGAAAGUCAGACUGGCAAUGUUCAAAGGGAGCUUUUAGGUUAUUUUUCAUUCAAGAAAACUAACCAAAACUUUUCCCCACCUCUACAUAUUUGUUGUUGGGUCUAUAUUUACCAUACAAGUCUGGUAAUCAUAUCCUGGAUGGCUGCACUGAUUUUUAAGUUUUUUCACCUGGAAAAGAUUUUCAAAAACCUUUUCAAGAGAUUUUUUCUCAUAAAAAAAUGUAUUUAUCUGACUUAAUUUGCUAAAUUAAUUUAUGCAAUUAAUUGUAUCUACAAGUAAUUGGAUAAAAUUUAUAAAAUUGUAUCUAAUUAAUCUUGGAUGAAAUUAGAUUAAUUUUCUCUAAUAUUAACUUGAUAAAUUAGAAAAAAAUGAUUGAUUUUGUCUAAAAUCAAUCAAUUUUAGAUAAAAUUGAUUACCUAAAAUACCAACUUAGUCUGCAGCUGAAAACCAGCAAAAAUAAGAUUGGUUGGUUGGUUUAACUAACUAUAAACCUUUUGUGUCUCACUUUUCCUCAAACUUAUUGCGAUAAAACGUCCGUCUGCGUUCAGUAAACCAUCUCUGGUAAUAACAGAUAACAUCACUUCAAUAAAAUCCAGACUAUCACUAUAAAUGGUACAUAGCUACUGUUGCUAAGCUAAUGUCGUAUUAAACUAAAACAACUAGAAUAGAAAUGGAUGUUUCUAUAUAAAAAUGUUCCUAAAUGCUGAGCUUUUUUUCUGGUAAAACCUGAAAGAAGCAUCUUUAAAAGUGGCUCCUUUAAAUAAAACAUCAUGAUGCAGUGAAACAGGAAGCGGGCUGUUAGUGUUUGACGCUCCAGCUCCUAACGGGACCAUGGACCUGCUGACUGUUAAUUGUCUCCGACUGCAGUCUACUCAUGUUCAGGGGACGGUCACCCCUUUCUCUUUCUCUAUUAAAUGUCUUGUUUAACUUUGCUGGAGUGUUCUUUGUAAAUGUAUACAGUGGGCACAUGUGGACACUCUCCUGCAUUUGUUUACAGCUCAGUGACAUGCAGACGUGCUGUGGUGUUGAAGAAGGUUUUCUGAGUGCUUUUUUUUUGUCUCGUUUGUCAUUUCAGAAUACAAUUACCAACAGUGUGAAAGUGAGAAGUUUAGCAAUCACACACAUUCACAAAUGUACAAACUAAAGGCUUUCUUCAUUGUUAAUAUUUACAUUAUGGUCAGAUGGUUUACUUCCUGUAUUUAAAGUCUCCAUUAGGGGCCUUAGGAGUCCACUUAAGAGUUCCAUAAAAAAAGAGGCCUGCAACUUAAGAUUUCUGGUUGGUUUGUUUUAUAAAGUGAUUUCCAAAUGCAUGAAAAAUGCUCAAGCUGCCUCCCCCAACUUCCUUUAUAUUGGUCAACUUCAACCUGCUCUGUAUCAGUAGCCAUCUGUGAAUCAUGCUUCACUCAGUUCAGCUCCGCACAGCAAGGAAAUCUGUUUAGGAUGGACAUUUGAUCAAAUCUCUAGUUUGCAUCUGCUCUGGUGAUGUCCCACAUCUCCCACAUAACCCCCGUCAGCAUCUGGCAUUAAUAAGGAGCUAAUGAGUCUCCUCUUUUCCUCUUUGGGUCGUUUAUCUCCUGUAGCUUCCUAUUGUCUCUGCUGGGAAUUAGGGUAAAAACAAUUAUGACUGGACAGAUGGUCUUAAACCUGCUGCAAAGCGUCGGCCAUUCACAAAAAUGGGAAUUUAUAGAAAAGGUGUUUAUUGAGGUGAAAAUGAUUCCAAUAUAGUCAAAUUCUAAUUGGAUUUACAAAAUUUUUCCUUUGGGAAUUGGUAACAAAACAAACAAACUUAAAAUAAAAACUUUUGAUAUUCAAAGGGAAUAAAUUGACUGACAAAGGUUUGCAAUUAUAAAUACUGUUUCAAUGCUUUAUGGAAAUGUGAAUAACUAUCUGGCGAAAAGGUUGGCUAGAUGAGCAAAUUAACAAAUAUAUAGAUGAAUAGACUGAUCGAUUGGUAGAAGUAUGACUGAACAUAGACGACAGAAUGGAUGCAAAAAGUCUGAAAAUAUGAAUAUGGAUGAAGGGAUGGGUGGAUGAAUGAUGAUGUGGACAGUGAUUCAGCAAAUAAAGUUUAAAGAUGUCAACAUAUUUCCAGACUCUUGAGGACACGUGUCAAACUCAAGGCCCGUGGACCAAAUCUGGCCCGCCAUAACUUUUUAUGUGGCCCUCGAGACUAAACAAUAAGUUUGCUUACAUAUUAUGUCAUCAAUCAAAUCAAUGCAGUUUUUAUCUGUUUACUGCCAAAUUAUUUUAAUCAAUCCCUCCAGUUUCUUGAGGAUUAUCGUGGAAAUUCAUGCAAAAAUCGACGCACUUUUUUGCAUUACACAUAAUUGGGAGUUUAUUGCAGAAUUUUCUCAAAUUGUCAAAAACUUUCUUACUUGUACUAAACACCUUCAUUUGAUCCAAAUACAUUUUUUGAUACAAUCCAUGAUCUAUGCAGCGAGUAAUUAAAAGUUGCAUUUACCUUCAUAAAUAGGUGCAAAUAUCGCAAAUAUUUCAAAAUUAGUACCACAAGCACUUUAAUUUUUAUUGCAAAAAAAAAAAAAAAAAUCAUAAAAAGAAUCACGAAAUCCUGGGGGGACUGAGAAGAUGUUUAAUAAUAUUAUUUAAUUUAAAAAUUCAUUGAUGUUUUAAGAGUUUGUAAACAGGUUUUAUCAAUAAAUUCUGGAACCGGCCCUUUAAGAGCAUUCAAGAUCUUGACUUGGCCCUAAACAAAAAUGACACCCCUGCUCUAGGAACUCUGAUUAUUUCCAUCUCUCCGCUUUAAAUCUACAUUUUUGUCUUUAUAUACUCUACAGUUUCUCUUGAUUUACUAUUCCAGAAGAAAUAAAACGAAAUUCAAAUAGCAUUUUCACAGCAGACUGUGACAUUUAAAUUGCCGUGGAAAAAAAAAGCAUAAUUGGAACUAAUAACCUCAACAAUUGCUCCACUUCAACAGUAAAGAUAAUGCAGUUAAAAUCCCAUGAAACAACAGAGUGGAUAGUCUAAAUGGUUUCUCUUUUCUUUCCUACUCACAGUGUUCAAAUGGCUUGAAAAUGGGAAAUGGAAAUGAGUUUCCCCAGAGCACUUCCUCUACGACCAACUGGUGAAACAUUAAUAGUAAAUACCUAUUUACAUCAAAACAGUAGAGACAUCAAAUCUGAAAGCAGUUAAUAUGUUGUUUUCCAGUUACUACCACUGGUAAAGUUAAACAGUCAAAACAAUAACAGCAAUAAUUUGGGCUGUCAUAAGAGAAAACAAAUGGGGGUUCAUUUUUUGAUUAUAUUUUCACCAUGUUAUUCAGUCAUUUAUAAAUGUCACAGUUCCAAACUAAAUAUUUAAUUGGCAAGCCAAUGAUUCAGUUUGUACUACUACAAAUUACAUAUCUAGCUUCAAACUAAAUAUUAAGUUAGCAAGCUAAUUAGUUAUCUCCAAACUAAAUAUUAAGUUAGCAUGUUAAAUAGUUAUCUCCAAACUAAAUAUUAAAUUAGCAUGCUAAAUAGUUAGCCCCAAACUAAAUAUUAAGUUUGCCAGCUAAACAGUUAACUCCAAGCUAAAUAUUAAGCUAGCCAGAUAAAUUGUUAGCUCCAAACUCAAUAUGAAGUUAGCAAGAUAAAUAGUUAGCCCCAACCUCAAUAAUAAACUAGGCAGCUAAGUAGUUAUCCCCAAACUCAAUAUGAAGUUAGCCAGCUAAAUAAAUAGCCCCAAACUAAAUAGUAAGCUAGCUAGCUACAUAGUUAGCUUCAAACAAUAUUAGUUUGGAGCUACAUAUUUUGUUUUCAUAAUAUGAAAUUCAGCCAGCUAAUUAAAUAUUAAUUUGAAUAUGAAUGAAUAACAUGGUGAAAAUGACUGAAAAAUGAACCGUGAUUUUUUUUCUCUUAUGACAGGCUGAAUAAUCUGAAUUAUUGCUGUAAAUCCCCAAAAUAACGAGGUACUGUUCACAUUGAAACAUGGAACUAUACUGGUCUGCAGCACAAAUUAUAGCACUGUGGUUUAUUUUAUCAUCAGCAACAAGCAGGUAUUGUUUGGACUUCCGGUACUUUGAGACAUCUGGACGUUUCAGCCAGAUGCAGUACUUCCAGUGAACCGUGAUUGUAUCUGUGCAAAAUAUAAACUGUUAACUCAACCACUAACAAGCUUUGGUACAAAAUCUGUGAACUAGCUACUCAAAUUUAUGCCAAACCCUUUAUGCCAAAUCCACCUUGAGACUCUACCCAUGCAUGGCUGUGCUACUAUUACACCACAAGUUAUUUUGACAGAAAACAGAUCUCUUGCUCACACAAAUGCGAUGCUGCACACACAUACAUUACCAUAACUGUCCAGACUUGGCUUGUAAAGGAGGUAAGUGAAGAAGGCAGCAAAGGUGAAUCCCAAACUUCUGUCUCAAUGUCAGACCCUCAAUCUGUUGGCAUAACAAGUGAUUUUCUUCCCGGAGAGAGAGAUUUUCUUCCAACACCAAAUCAUUGACUGCAGGAUCAGGUUCCAGUGCGUAGCUAUGUGCAUAUGAACGUCAUAUCUUGCAUGGUCCGCUGUAUCCUCCCCAUCAACAAUAUUUUCUUUCUCCCCCAAACCGCCAGUCUUAAUGGAAGAAGGAAAAGCAUUCUGUAAGUCUACGGUCAAAGAAUACUCACUAAGUUUAGUUGACCAAUCCCUCACCUUACCCCUCUCCCCAUCACUCUCCUCUGUCUAACCAAUCCUCUUCAUCUCUUCUUCACACCCACUUAUUAUGUUUUCCUUCUACUAACUGUCAUUCCUCUUUGCUCCGGAGCACACCUCCACUUCUACAGCCUCUCUUCUAUACACAUCACAAUGUCAUCUGCAAACAUGACUUCCUCUGUCAACCUUUCCAACAAUAUUGCAAACAGACUUAAAUACCAAGAGAAAUCGUACAAUUAGAUGAGUCUAAACAAAUCUGUUCAGCAAAUUCUUACCCACUCUUUGCUAUUUUACGCGUUCCUACCUCCUUUUCGUACCCAUGUCAGAUCUCGUAUGCAUUUUAAGUUUUUGAAGUUCAUUUUCAAUCGGAGUUGGCCAGAUUAUCCUUCUGAAAUAAGAUAAGACUACAGACCAGAUCAAAAUAAUUUUGAGUGGUCAUAGUUAUUUCUUGGACCAUGAGUUGAUUAUACGAAAUCACUAAACUUUGGACACCAUUUGACUUACCAUGUAAGUCACAUGGUGUGUGAUGAGACAUGCAGGGUUCGACUCCUGGUCCUGGACAACUUUAGGAAUGUCUUACCCCUCUCUCUCUCUGCUCCCUUUCCUGUCAGGUUACUAACAACCCACUAGAGGCAGAAAAUCUUUAGAAAAGUUUAUAAAGAAAUAGACGUCAAAGUGGGUAACAGAAUAAACUAAGUAGGAACUGACGAAUAGUCGGCACAAAAUGACAAAAGUGCAAAGGUUUGACCAAUGUUCAAAUUAAACCAACCUUAACAGAAGGUUUCUAUUCUAGUACGUUUGUGAAAUGGAUUUCCAGGACUAAUAUUUACUUUUGUCUGAAAGGCAGUGAUCUCCCUGGCAACCAUGGGUAACCCUGGUUGUUGGUUAUUAUUGUAAACGGCUUGUUUUAGUUUCAGUCCUGAUGGACAGACACCGUCAAUCAGUUUUACAACAUGCCAGGCAUGAAGAAAUAUCCCUCAAAUAGUCAAACCUUCAGUUCAACUGUGUGUGUUAGAAAUGAAAGGUUUAGAUUAUUUUUAAUCAUGGCACUCAGUCAUGUACCUUAAUACUGAUCCGAGCUUGAAGGAUCCAUCUGUCACCAAACUCAACGCAACCUAAACUUUUGGGAUGAUUUAACCUUGUUUGUGGGAUCUCUAAUUUUUUAACAUCAUUUGUACUUGUCUUUUGAUAAUUGUAUAAAAUCAGCUCCUCUCUUGGCUGACAGCAAAACUCAAAAGAUAGUCCCUCCAUAACGCUUCAGUUUGUCACGGUUCUUUCGACCUCACUUUAGGAAAAAACAGAAACAUUCACAUGGUGGUUUUUAAGCAUUGCUAAAACACACAAACAGUCGUUUAAAGGUGUUUUCAUUCCUGAUAGUCCGAUAGACUCGGUUCGAUUAACGACCAAAACUGCAACAUUUGUUACAUUUUCAUCUGUUGCGGUUUGCUUUCACACUGC